AUGAUAGUAGAUCAAAUAGAUGCCUUCAAAACAUGGUUAACAGCUGUUUUGAAGCCCAUGUGUGAAGCCGACCCAGCUGCAUUGGCUAAAUAUGUAUUAGCUUUGAUUAAGAAGGAUAAAUCAGAAGAUGAACUUAGAAAAUCUAUGAUCGGACAGCUAGAUGUUUUUUUAGAAGGAGAAACAGAAGCGUUUGUGGACCUAGUGUUCCAAACUCUAGCCACUAAAGAUUACAUAAAUGUCCCAGUGAUACCAAACGCCAAUCCACCCAAUCCAAAUGUUGCUGCUGCCAAACCAGCUGCUAAAGAGGCCGCAAAGGUCAUAGUGCAGCCCAGCGAAUUGCCAAAUUUGAAUGAGGUGGUGAAUGGCAACACCAAAAAGGAUCUGAAGGAGCCCGAAGUGAAACGAGAUAGAGAACUAAGAAAAAAUUCAGACGCUGAACGUGAAGAGCGCCCCCCAACUGUAGAUCGACCGCCUACUCUAGACCGACCGCCACGGAGGCGGUCGCCGAUUCGACACAGGUCCAGGUCACGUAGUAGAUCAAGAUCGAGGUCUUGGGAUAGGGCGAAAAGAUCUAGGUCACGGGAGAAAUCAAGGGAUCGCCUGGAUCGAGACCAACACAGGAUAGAUAGGGAGAAGAGGGAUAGGCCAGAUAGACCUGAUAGACUGGAUAGACCUGAUAGACUAGACAGACCUAGGGUGUGGAGGAAUAAAUCACCACCCAGGAGGUAUGACAGAAGAAGAUUGUCAAGAACUCCAUCACCUAUAAGGGUCAGAUCAAGGUCUAGAAGUCCUAGGCAUACUCAUAGAAUCAGGUACAGAAACAGGUCAUCAGCAAGCCGCAGUAGAUCCAGAUCGUUGGAAAAACGAGACCGUAGAGAUUCUCUCAAAGAUAAAGAGAAAGACAACAGCUCCAGACCGGCGACACCUACGCCGGACGCCAAUCCCCCUGAUCUGGACGGAGUCAGACCGGGAUCACAGACCGUGCCCAGCGUCGUUGUACCAGCUGGCGGCGGCAAAAAGAGGUGCAGAGAUUUCGACGAAAAAGGGUACUGUAUGCGCGGCGAAAUGUGCCCUUUCGACCACGGCAUCGACCCAGUUGUGCUAGAGGAUACAGCCCUAACGCGCGUACUAACUUAUAACCCGAAUGGUACGCCGGCCGUCGUAUCAUCCGGCGUUAUACCAACACCAGUUCUAAAUGCUCCAGGUCAUCCGAUGAUGGGGCAGCGGAUGCCGCUGCAACACGACCACCCGUACAAUCCGCAGGCGCCGCACAUUUGGAGGGACGGACGCUUCCGAGGGCCCAGACCUAUGGGGAUAGCGAGAGUACCGCCCAUGGGGCCGUUCGCGCCCCCGCCCAACCACAAUCGCGAAUUGAUACCGGUGCCAGUGAUGGAUAACAAACAACCGGACACGUACACGCCCAUGUACAAUCACCACCCGCCCGGCAAUUUCGUCAACAACAUGGACCACGAAAACAUGUACAAGAAGAAGGUGUUCGACUUCAAUCGGCUCGGACCGCGCGCGAAGAAUCCGCAAAAUUGUUCGCUGGAAUUGAAAAAAGUGCCGCAGGGAUUGAACAGCAUCACCCAUUUGAACAAUCAUUUCGGGAAGUUCGGCAAAAUCGUCAAUAUACAGGUACAUUACGAAGGCGACUCCGAAGCAGCCCUGAUCACCUUUUCUAGUCACGCGGAAGCGAACGCCGCCUACCGCAGCACCGAGGCCGUCCUCAACAACCGCUUCAUCAAGGUCUUUUGGCACAACGUCAACCAACCGCCGCUCGGCGAAGGUAAACAGGAGAACGUGCCUCCGGCGCACCAGCGCUCCGUCAAGGACCGCCUCGGGGGCACAUCGCCUGUUCCGCCGAACACUAACAAAGUUUUGAAUCUAGUGCAACCGAAGGCCGACGAGAAUCCCGGCGAUUCGCCGCCCCUCACCGAGGACGAGCUUAAGCUGAAAGCGGUCACCAAAGAGGAGAGCAAAAAGGAGGCCAACGAGGCGAUAAAGAAGAACCAGGAGUUGAUAGCGACGCAGGUGAAGGUCAAGAAGAACCAGGACGUGCAACGGAAGCAGGUGCUGAAGAUACAGAGCGAUCUGCGCAAAAAGAAGCAGGAGUUGCUCGAUAAGCAGCUGUCGCAGCAGAAGGUGUUGAUCGAGAAGAUGGAGAAACUUCCGGCUGGCCCACAACGAGACGUGAUCAAAGAAACCAUCAAGAAAACCCAAGAGGCCAUCGAGGAGAUAAAGAAGGAUCUCGAAUCGGCCGCUUUGGCGGCCAAAAACGCUCCCGUCAAAAAGACCAAAGAAGAAACGCAGAAAGAACUGUUGGACGCCGAAUUGGAUCUGAUCACCAAGCAACAAGAGGGCGCCGAUACGACUGAGCUAGUGAAGAAACUGGCCGAACUAAGGGCAAAGGUUGCAUGUAGCGUUAAACCGACCAGAGGCAGAGGCGUCGGCAGAAGAUACCCGAUCGUCAGCCGACAUUUGCUCAGCAAAAACAAUCUAAAACCAAAACCAAAUUUGCGCAUCAACAGGACGCCCUCGGCGACAUCCUUGACUGCUAUGACGGCUCCAGUGGCGGCGGCUUUCCAAAAACACACCGUAGAUCAUAGACCUACGAGGCUUCUUGUUUCAGGUUACGAGACCGAUGAGCAAGACAGCGUUUUGAGUCACUUCCAACAAUACGGCGAGAUAGCCGAUUACGAAGUAGAUUCCUCCCUCCCCAGCAUUACGUUGAACUACAAAACUCGAAAAGAAGCCGAAAUGGCCUUAUUGAAAGGAAAAAAUUUCCAGGACCGUACUUUGUCGAUAACAUGGAGCAACAGCAAACAGUUGAAUAGGCAGCGAAGUACCGGCUCUACCAGGACGGUGAUACUCUCGGAAACCGAAGAGGAGCAAUUAAUCGAUUCUAGUCUACUUGACGGCGAUGAAGAGUUGGGACCGGAAAUAUCCGAAGAGGCUCUCCUGCAGGACGACGACGACGAAGACGAGGAGGACCGCUCUUGGAGGCGAUAG